AUGAAGCCGGGAGUUGCCCGCAGCAUCUUCCUGUGUGGGGUGGGCCUGGCUCUCUAUGCCCUAUGUCGCACGGAGCCUGUCCUGGCCAGGUGCCUGCCCCAUUUCCCUCCUGGCCCUGCCCACUUCCUUUUCUUCUUCCUGACGCUGAUUGUCAUGGGGUUCUUCUGGGAGAGCCACGAGUGGAAGAAGCUGAUCAUGGUCCACCACUGGCCGCCGACCGUGUGUAAGGAAGUGCAGAGCAACUGCUCGGACCCUCCGGACUACUGGACCAUCCACGGGCUGUGGCCUGACAAAGGAGAGGCGUGUAACCGGACGUGGCACUUUGAUUACCGCGAGAUUCUGGAUCUUCUCCCAGACUUGAAGAUAUACUGGCCGGAUGUCCUUCACCACUCUCCUAAUUGUACCACCUUCUGGAAGCACGAGUGGGACAAGCACGGGACCUGUGCCGCCCAGCUGGACAUCCUCAACUCGGAGAAGAAGUACUUCGGGAAGAGCCUAGAGCUGUACCGGCAGCUGAGCCUCAACAGUGUGCUGCGCAAGUUGGGGAUAAAGCCGUCCACCAAUUACUACGAGGUGGCGGACAUUAAAGACGCCCUGGCCAGCGUGUACGGAGUGGUGCCCAAAGUGCAGUGUCUCCCGCCCGCUCAGAAUGAGAAGGUGCAGAUCAUUGGCCAGAUAGAGCUGUGCCUCACCAAGGAACUGCAGCUGCGGAACUGCUCCGAGCCCGGAGACCCGGCUCCCCUCCAGGCCAGAGUCCGGCGAGAGUCGCACCACCUGCACGUUUGUGAGGAUGGCCCUGUCUUCUACCCCCCGCCCGAGGACACCCCACAUUGA